GGUAUGAUGCUAUAACAACCUACUAACAAUAUCAACGUCACGUGACUCUCUAAAGUGGUACUGCGUAUAAGUAAAUGAAAGACGUACACACUCAGGUUUUAAACUGUGAUUUUUUUCUAUUGUACCUUUUCCUCGUAACCGUCGGAGUUACGUGUGUUUUAAAACUGUGUUGUGAAAAUAGUUAACCUUGUAUAUCGGACAAUAUGAAUGCAAGGUCUGAGAUUUUCGAACUUACCAUGGAAGGAAGGCAGGUCGACGAAGCUGUAGCGAGUUUAUUUCACACGAUAUUGUUUCACAGAUCGGUGGGAAAGUUUGUAUAUCAUGGUAGCAGUUAUUCUGUCGGUACCAUCGGUUACACAGACAUCGAUUGUGAUUUUAUCGAUUUGACUUACGUGUGCUGUACGUCUAGUAGUUUAGACAGGACGCUUAAAAGAGAGAUCUCAAACUUUUCAGAGUUGCUUCGCGGUAGUGACGGUACAGGCAUAGGUCAAAUUAGUUUGGAAUUUUUUCAAAAGAAGCCGAGUCGUUGGAUGCUACCUCCCGAGUGUUCGCCGUGGGAAGUUUGGACGAUUAGACUUGAAUUAAUUAGUUUAACCAAUGAAGAUGAAAGACAAGUGUGUAGGGAGAAAGUGGGUGAAAUUUUGACAGAUAAAAUACUGUAUAUCACCGAGGUAAUGAAUAGAGAAGAAUAUAUACCAAAAGUGCCAGAUCAGGCCGACUUAAAUCAAAUAUUCGAUACAUCCUAUCACGACAUACAACCGUAUUUAUUCAAGCUUCGCUAUUCUUUAUCCGGUCCGUCCUCGGAAACAUCAGUAGGUUCCGCUAUGAAAAAGUUGAUUAAAGAGACUUUAUCGCUGUAAAGCAACAUUCCUUCGGCCAGUGUUUUUAUUGCAAUAAGAAAUAUUGUCGUAGCAAUUUGUGUAUUUUUUCAUUGCAUGUAUGUAAAUAAUCGUUAAAAAUACUUGAAAGUUUAUUGUGUUGUAUAAGAUGUUAAUCACAUUUAGCUUGACAAAUAAAAUUUGAGAUAUCUAUUUAAAUAAUAAUUAUCGCAUAAUGUGUUAUCAUUAUAAAUGUAAACCAAGUACUUUCACUCUGAAUAUAAUCGGUACUAAUAUAAUUUACUGCACUAUGAUAGUUUGCUCUACUUAUAACAUAACAGCAGUUCUCAGAGUGAGUGUAUUGAGUGACUCUUUACUCAUCAUGACACGUUAAACAAUUUGAGGCAGAGUGCCUUUAAUGUGUCAUGCUGUUUUUUAUUUUGUAUAUAACAAUGAACACAAUUUUACAUCACAGUGUGAAACCUGAGUUUCAAUUCUUUUAUUACGCUUACGGUGACAAGUGAAGAAAAUAAAAUUUUUACUAACAUCCUUUAGUCUUUUCAGUUAUGUAUUAGAGGCAGUUGGUAUUUCCUAAUAAAAGAGGCCAACUUUGCAUCAAACACAUGAAUUAUUUUUCCUUUAUUGGAAAUGUCCACUGCCUUUUCAUGUAAAUUAUGUAAACAACACACAUAGUCAGAACCAGACCAGAUAGUUAUAAACAAAGUAACACAUAUUUUUAAGAAAUUCCUCGAGCUUGAUACUUGAUAUCGCAGUGUGGUAGCUCUAGUUUGUAAAUAUAAUAAUAUGAAUAAAAGUGAUUUGAUUACUUAACGCAAUUAAGCAAAUUUAAUUUAUUUUAUAAACAAUGAAAAUCGGGAAUGUUUGAUUAAAGUAUGAUUUAAUACGA